AUGCUUAGCUGGAAACCUUCAUAUCCCCCUUGUCCUGAUUUAACUUCUUCUGUUGAAACCAUACCAACUGCAAAGGGGUUCAUCAACCAACUGGAUGAACACUUGAUGAAUAAUAAUGGAAUAGUCUUAUUUGAGAAAAUUGUCAAUUUUAUCUUUAGUCAGCCAACGUUGGGGUAUUUUGCUAUUCCUCAUUACAUUCGCUUUAACGAAAAAACCCCAAUCCCUUUAAUUAAUUUCGUGAGACACAUUAUCCAAUAUGCUCCAUUUGAUGAAUUACCCGAUUGUAUUCUUCCAUGGAUUGUAUCAACAGCACUGGAAUUAAUUAAAAGCCAUGAACCUAAAGACACCUUAGAUGACCAAGACAAUCUAUUGUAUGAACUAUACAAAAUUCUUAUACAGGCGGUGGUUAUUGACAAAAAAGUAAUUAGUUUGAUCAACCAAACUCUUCAUAUCAUCAUCAACCAACUUAUUUCAAUUCAUCCAUUACAAUUCAGAGAACUCAGAAACACUGUUUAUCAACUUAUAUCUUAUUUACCAAAUAAGGAUGAGGUAAUGAAUCAAAUUACAAAUCAAUUGAUCACUCAAUAUCACCAACAAUUUAUUGAAGCAUUAUUUACUAAACCUGACAACUUAAGUAAAUAUUGUGGAAUAGAGAAUUGUGGUGCUACUUGUUAUAUUAAUAGUGUUAUUCAACAACUUCAUAACAAUGAAUCUUUUAAAGAGUCUAUUCUUCAAAAUAAUUGUGGUGGUUCUUGUUUCAUAUUAAAAACAUUAUUUGAACGAAUGGAACAGAGCAAAAACUGGAUUGUGACAAGAGAUGUUAUUGAAAACAUUCUUGGACCAUCUAACAAAAUUGAUAUUAGUGUUCAAGAUGAUGCAUAUCUCUUCUUAACCAAUUUACUUGAUAUUCUUAAUGAAGAUAACAAAGCACUAAUCAACAGUUGUGUCAAUGAAUUUAAAGUUAUUACAAAAACAACACUAAAAUGUACAGAGUGUCAAAAAGUUCGUGAAAGAAAUGAAAUAAAUACAUCAAUAUCUGUUGAUUCUGUGAACAAUGAAUCUUUGGACCAAGCACUGAGUAAUUUAAUUAAAGAAGAAGAAAUGAAUGAUAUUGAUUGUCCAUUUUGUAACAAAAAAACAAAACAAAUCAAACAGAUGAAUUAUGAACCAUCUGAGAGUCUCAUCAUUGGAAUUAAUAGAAAUAAAACUAUUGAAGGAGGAAGAAGCUAUAAAUUUAAUAAACGAUUUGACUUUCCUCUUAAAAUGAAAUUGAAUGAUAAAGAAAUGAUAUUAAAUGGUAUUGUUUUGCAUUCUGGAACAACAGAAAUGGGGCAUUAUACAUCAAUCAUUAAGGAUAAUAAUGGGAAGUGGUGGAAAUGUAAUGAUAAAGUUGUUGUGGAAUAUAAUGAAAAAAGAAUCCUUGAAGAUGGAUAUGGAACGGUGAGCAACUCAUUAUCAGCAUCAAUUCUAUUUUACAAAACAAAAGAACCUAAUCAAAUUCAAAAUACCAACAAAGAACAAGUUCAAAACAAUAACGAAUGUAACUCUAUGAAUAUUAUUGUCCAUGAUAAACAACUCUAUGAAUGGACUGAAAAACAAAUAAUUGACUCUUCCUCACAAUGGAAGAGUCAAGAAUGCAUUGACUUACUUACUCUCAUACUCUAUAAAGGAGAAUAUUCAUUCUUUAAAGAUAUUGAUUCUUUAAUCACCACAAUAGAAAAUAAAUCAAUCUCAAUAAUACAGGAAAUUGUUUCAAAACAAAAUGAACUACCCACAAUCAUUACUGACUGUGUUGUUGGUACAACAACAUUAAAACAUGCUUUAAUAUGUAUUGAAUUAUUUGACAAAACAUCAGAAAAUAAUACCUGGAUUGCAACUAAACUUGUUGAAUUAAUCCCAAAAUAUACAACUUCACAUCAACACAACCUUCUUUCAAAAUUGUUUGUAAAAUGUGAAGAAUGGUUUGGUUUAGGUGAGGCAACUCCUUAUGAAAUAAAGAUUCUUCACUUACUUGUUCAUUCUUCUUCUCUUUCAGAAGAGUCAUAUCAGUUACUUUUAGUUCUUUUUAAAUGA